UCAGAAGAACUAAAAGCAGCUGCACUGGUGGAAGAAGAUGUGGAAACCGAUGAAAAUGCAGUUGAUGGGGAGCCUUCAGCAAAAUAUGCAUGUCCAGAAAAAGACUUCAGUAAGAACUGCCAAAGCUACCAAAACUCUCCAGCAGCUGAAUUUUCUAGCCAUGAAAUGGACAGUGAGUCACAUAUCAGCGAGACAAGCGACCGCAUGGCAGACUUCGAGAGCAGCUCUAUUAAAAAUGAGGAAGAGAACAAGGAGGUUUCCAUACCACUGGAAGACUCUACUGUAUCUGAUAGUUUAGAACAAAUGAAAGCUGUGUAUAAUAACUUCCUCUCCAAUUCUUACUGGUCCAAUCUCAAUUUGAACCUUCACCAGCCGAUUUCAGAAAAAAACAAUGGUAGCAGCAGUAGUAGCAGCAGCAGCAGUAGCAGUUGUGGAAGUGGCAGCUUUGACUGGCACCAGACUGCUAUGGCUAAAACACUGCAGCAAGUUUCUCAGAGUAGAAUUCUUCCUGAACCAAGUCUUUUUAGCACAGUUCAAUUGUACAGACAAAGCAGUAAGCUUUAUGGCUCUAUAUUUACUGGAGCCAGUAAAUUCCGCUGUAAAGACUGCAGUGCUGCCUAUGAUACUUUAGUAGAAUUAACAGUGCACAUGAAUGAAACGGGACAUUAUCGAGAUGACAACCAUGAAACUGAUAACAACAACCCCAAAAGAUGGUCCAAACCUCGUAAACGUUCUUUGCUUGAAAUGGAAGGGAAAGAAGAUGCCCAGAAAGUAUUAAAGUGUAUGUACUGUGGUCAUUCAUUUGAAUCUCUUCAGGAUUUGAGUGUUCAUAUGAUCAAAACAAAACACUACCAAAAAGUGCCUCUGAAGGAACCUGUUACACCUGUAGCAGCAAAAAUUAUCCCAGCUACUAGAAAGAAAGCGUCACUGGAACUUGAACUUCCAAGUUCUCCAGACUCCACAGGUGGGACACCAAAAGCAGCAAUCUCGGAUACCAACGAUGCACUUCAGAAGAAUUCUAAUCCUUACAUUACGCCAAAUAAUCGUUACGGUCACCAGAAUGGUGCCAGCUAUGCCUGGCACUUUGAGGCAAGGAAAUCUCAAAUUCUGAAGUGCAUGGAGUGUGGAAGUUCACAUGACACUCUGCAGGAGCUCACGGCUCACAUGAUGGUGACAGGACAUUUUAUUAAAGUCACUAACUCUGCCAUGAAAAAAGGGAAGCCUAUUAUAGAAGCCCCAGCAACACCAACAAUAACAUCCUUAGUAGAUGAGAAAGUCCAGUCUGUGCCACUAGCUGCCACCACUUUUACAUCUCCUUCCAAUACACCUUCUAGUGUUUCCCCUAAAUUAAAUGUUGAAAUAAAAAAAGAAGUUGAUAAAGAAAGAGGCAUUGCCGAUGACAAAAUGAAAGACAAAGAGAAGUCAAGUGAGGAUGAGGAGAAGUAUGAUAUCUCCUCAAAAUACCAUUACUUGACCGAAAAUGACCUAGAAGAAAGCCCUAAAGGGGGAUUAGAUAUAUUGAAGUCUUUAGAAAACACAGUGACGUCAGCUAUAAACAAAGCCCAGAAUGGCACACCAAGCUGGGGUGGCUACCCCAGCAUUCAUGCUGCCUAUCAGCUGCCAAAUAUGAUGAAGCUGUCGUUGGGUUCAUCUGGGAAGAGUACACCAUUAAAACCUAUGUUUGGAAACAAUGAACUAGUAUCGCCAACUAAAAACCAGCCCUUGGUGUCUCCACCAAGCAGCCAGACCUCACCUGUGCCAAAAACAAACUUUCAUGCCAUGGAAGAAUUGGUAAAGAAGGUCACUGAGAAGGUGGCUAAGGUGGAGGAAAAAAUGAAAGAGCCGGAAGGAAAGCUUUCUCCAAUGAAGCGUGCAACACCUUCACCAUGUAGUAGUGAAGUCAGUGAACCCCUUAAGAUGGAGCCCUCCAAUGACUGUAGCUUUAAAAGCCAGCAGAACAGCCCAGUCCCUCAGAGAGAUGGCUGCAAGGAUAGUCCUACUAUAGAACCUGUGGAAAACGGGAAGGAGCCUGUUAAGUCCAUUGUAAGUUCUUUAAGUAGCAGCACAGCUAUCAUUACUGAUCACCCUCCCGAACAGCCAUUUGUGAAUCCAUUAAGUGCACUGCAAUCUGUCAUGAAUAUUCACCUUGGGAAGGCAGCAAAGCCAUCUUUGCCUGCUUUGGAUCCAAUGAGCAUGCUUUUUAAAAUGAGCAACAGUUUGGCUGAAAAAGCUGCAGUGGCCACUCCACCUCUACAGUCCAAAAAACCAGACCAUUUAGACCGUUAUUUUUAUCAUGUCAACAAUGACCAACCCAUAGAUUUGACGAAAGGCAAGAGUGACAAAAGCUGCUCUUUGGGUUCAGCGCUUUUGUCAUCCACAUCGACAUCUUCUGCAUCUUCUUCAUCUACAGUGACAACAGCAAAGACAUCUGCAGUCGUGUCAUUCAUGUCAAACUCGCCGCUACGCGAGAAUGCCUUGUCAGAUAUAUCUGAUAUGCUGAAGAACCUGACAGAAAGUCACACAUCAAAAUCUUCCACACCUUCCAGCAUAUCUGAGAAAUCUGACAUUGAUGGUACCACAAUAGAGGAACCAGAAGAGAGUACACCAGCUCAGAAAAGGAAGGGACGUCAGUCUAACUGGAACCCUCAGCACUUGCUCAUAUUGCAGGCCCAGUUUGCAGCUAGUUUACGGCAGACUUCAGAGGGGAAAUACAUCAUGUCAGACUUGAGCCCUCAAGAAAGAAUGCACAUUUCCAGGUUUACGGGACUUUCAAUGACCACAAUUAGCCACUGGCUAGCCAAUGUGAAAUACCAGCUCCGAAGGACAGGGGGAACUAAGUUCCUUAAAAAUCUGGACACUGGACACCCAGUGUUCUUUUGUAAUGACUGUGCUUCACAGAUCAGAACUCCUUCAACCUAUAUCAGUCAUCUUGAGUCCCAUCUGGGUUUCAGGUUGAGAGACUUGUCCAAACUGUCCAGUGAACAGAUUAACAAUCAGAUAGCACAAGCAAAGUCACCGUCUGAAAAACUGGUGACAUCCUCUCCAGAGGAAGAUAUCGGAACUGCGUAUCAGUGCAAACUUUGUAACCGGACUUUUGCAAGCAAGCAUGCUGUUAAACUUCAUCUUAGUAAAACACAUGGGAAGUCACCAGAGGAUCAUCUUCUGUAUGUUUCGGAGUUAGAGAAGCAGUAG